AUGAGGUUGAUUUAUAAUUUCUUCUUGAUUUAUUAUUUAUUAAAAGAUAUAUUCAACCAAAAGAUAAUACUAACUUCUGUUUUUGUUUUGCAAUUUAGAGAUAUUGUUUCCGGGGUUGUUCAUUUGCAUGAACUAGGAAUAAUACAUCGAGAUUUGAAACCCCAAAAUGUUCUAAUAAACAAGGAAAAAUCCCUAUGUGCGAAGCUUUCUGACAUGGGCAUUAGCAAACGACUUCUUGAAAAUAUGUCCUCUUUGGGUCAUAAUGCUACUGGUGGGGGCAGUUCAGGUUGGCAAGCCCCAGAACAGCUUGAUCAAGGACGUCAAACACGAGCUGUAGAUAUAUUCAGUUUAGGUUGUGUUCUUUUUUUCUGUAUGACUGGGGGAAGACAUCCAUUUGGACAAAAUCUUGAACUUGACAUCAAUAUUGUGAAAAAUCGAAAGAAUUUAUUCUUAGUUCAGUUCAUUCCGGAAGCUGAGGAUCUUAUUAGCUGUUUAUUAAACCAUGAACCUGAUCUAAGGAUUAGAAAUGACAGCAUUGGAGAAAGAGAGAGUUGGGGUUGCUAUAUCACCACUUUCAAAAGAUCAGAAACAAGACUUUCAUUUUUACGUGACACCAGUGACAGGGUGGAACUGGAAGAUAGAGAGAUUAGUUCUAAUCUUUUGCGGGCUUUAGAAAGCAUUGCUACAACAGCCUUAGGUGGUAAAUGGGAUGAAAAGAUGGAACCAACUUUCAUUGCUAACAUUGGUCGUUACCGGCGCUAUAAGUUUAACAGUGUUCGAGACUUGUUGCGCGUUAUGAGAAACAAGCUAAAUCAUUAUGGAGAAUUGCCACAAGAAAUCCAGGAACUAGUUGGACCUGUUCCUGAAGGAUACAAUGACUACUUUGCAAACCGAUUCCCAAGACUCUUGAUUGAAGUGUAUAAUGUCAUAUGCAAGCACUGCAAGGAGGAAGAGUGUUUUCAAAGGUAUUUUAAAAAUGAUGAUUAGUGCCUUGUCCUGCUUCGUAUGGCCUAAAAAUAGUUCAUAUAGGAAAGUCUGGUUGCAGCAUGAAGCAGACUAUGUAGAUAUUUAAU